GUCUUCUGUACCCCUACCAUACAUAUUUGAUGCCCAUCUACGACGACGGACGUCGAGUACUUGCCUCCCUCGCUGCACCGCGCGCCAAAUGAGUCUGGUUAGCAGUGCCAUGGGCUUCGACAAGGUGAAAAUGGGUGUAUAUUUACCGGUCGCCACUGUCCACGGUCAUAACCAUAGACAUGGACAUAGCCAACAACGGAGACUCGGACCUUGGCGGCGGGCGACUGUCCUUCCAUCCAUUAUUGUCCUAUUCGCGGUCGUGUAUGGCAUUCAUAUCGCCUGCUCGAAAAGAUCACCUGCCUCUGUUCAGCACUCCGACCUGAAGCUGGUCACCGCGCCGGGAACAAUUGCCCCAGUCUUCGACUGGUUAACACUCACGCCGUCUGACGACAUCAACUGGACGCCUUGCUUCGACGAGUAUCAAUGCGCUCGUCUUACCUUGCCGCUCGACUACCUCUCCCCUGCUGGAUAUGGUCCCAAUGUGACCAUCGCAUUGCAAAUGUUGCCUGCGACGGACCCCGCCAACUUCAGAGGCACGAUCCUCAUCAACCCGGGUGGACCAGGCGGAGCCGGAACCGAAUUGGUCAAGCGCAAGGGCAAGGACAUCAUGCGUAUCUCAGGCGGGUCGUAUAACGUACUAGGCUUCGACCCGCGCGGCACUGGGGCCAGUACACCCUCUGCGCAGUGUUUCGACUCAGAGUCACAGUUCAAGAUAUGGGGGCUUCAGGCUGGACAUCGCACCCUGAAUCUGAGCGACGGGUCUGUCCCAAUUGCUCAUGCGCGCGAGACAGCCAUUGGCCAGAAAUGUGAGGAGACACUCGGUGGAAAUGGCAAGGAGGACGCGAAUGGGACUGCAUUGGAAUGGGGUCCGGCGAGGUUCAUGAGCACUCCGAGCGUUGCCACGGACAUGCUUGAGAUCACCGAGAGGCUCGGAGAGGAAAGGCUGAAGUACUGGGGCUUUAGCUAUGGGUCCGUCCUUGGCCAGUACUACACGGCCAUGUAUCCAGACAAGGUCGAGCGCGUCGUAAUCGACGGCAUCUUGGACGCCUACAACUAUCGUACCGCGUCUUGGAACUCCAAUGUGGUCGACGCGGAUGCAGUCUGGGCCUCUUUACAUACCUUCUGCCACAAAGCCGGUUCCUCGAAGUGCCCCUUGUACGAGGACACCGUCGAGGCAAUUCAAGCCCGCGUAGAGGCCAUCCUUGAAGAUCUCAAGAAUCGGCCACUCGCGGUUCCCUUCGCGUCUGCUGGACCUUACGUCCUCACGUUCAAGGCUGUUCAUUACAACGCGUUCCGUUCGGCCUUAAAUCCGACCACCCAGUACGCUCCCCUCGCACACGCGCUGGUGGCCGUGAAACAAAACAACCAGACCGCCCUGGAGGGUAUGGAGGAGACGUUCGGCGCAGGCGUGAAGUGCCAAUGCGAGAAUUCUCCGCCAUGGCUGCAGGAUACCGAGGCCUUCUACGCGGUUGCGUGCGGCGACGGCGAGCCCAUCACCUACACAGACGAAGCAUACCGCUCCUACUUCGAGGAGCUCGUAGCCACGUCCAGUUUCGCAGCGCCUUACUGGGGCGAGAUGUAUCUGCGUUGCUCAGAAUGGCGCGUCCGACCAAAGUGGCGAUACACCGGGCCACUUGCGGCUGAGAACACAUCUCACCCUUUGCUCAUUGUCUCGCCGAGAUACGACCCGGUCUGCCCGCUGAGCCAUGCGAACCGCGUGCACUCGCGCUACUCUUCUGGGCUGCUGAUUCAGAAUUCCUAUGGCCAUUGUUCAGUAGCCGCCCCGUCACUUUGCACCGCGAAGCAUGUGCGUGCAUACUUCGAGAAUGGGACGUUGCCGGUGGAGGAGGCUGUAUGUGAAGUGGAUGAACUACCCUUCAUUGGUUCGGUUCAUGGGGGCGUGGAUGCGAUGUCGGUGGAGGAUCGGGAGGUUUUGGAUGCGCUCAGGAGUCUAGGCGAAGCUAUCUCGAUGAUGUCGGCGUUCUGAUCGCAUAGGACGGUCUGUAAGAACGAUGUGAUUGAGUAUUUCAUUGUGAGAUCUACUGUCACUACAUCUCAGAGCUCGAGAUGAACGGGAAACAU